AAUCAGACUGGGAAGGAUCGCGUUAGCGCAGAUGUUUUCAUAACAUGAACGGUCUAACUCGUAACAAACCCUGUAUCUCUUCAGGUUUGCAAGUAUAACGAUUAGUUAAUCUGCGCAGAUGUGACGCUAACGAUGUAGACGAACGCGAGUCCUCCUUUACCUGUGUGGAUCGACUUGAAACAAAAGCUAAGAUCUCGCUCCUAGUUAGUGGAGCGCUUCCCUUGUACCGGAAGUUGUUUCCGUGCCAUUUAGUCCAGUGUGGCUACACAACCUAGUUCUUAAAGUGGAAUGAGUUUUAUUUUUUGUCUCUUUUUUCAGAAUAAUUAGCUAUUUAUCAAGAACCAACAACAUGGUAUUUUGGGGAACAUUUCGCUCAUCGGCGUUUUCGUCGCGUAACGUUUGUUAGAUCCAAGCCUUGGGUUUUGGUUAUCCACGUCCUCUGCUGGAGCCGUGAUUUGAAACUUUAUUUCGGGGAUUCGGCCUGUUUUUGCAAAGGUGCUAGUCUAUCUCGAAAGAAAAAAUGUCAAUCUUGGGUUUGAAGAAGAAACAACCAAAGACUUUCAAAGUCAAAGUCAUCACCAUGGAUGCUGAAAUGGAAUUCAGUUGUGAGGUGAAAUGGAAAGGGAAAGACCUCUUUGAUCUGGUUUGCCGAACUAUUGGAUUGAGAGAAACCUGGUUCUUUGGUCUUCGAUAUACUGUGAAAGAUACCUACGCAUGGCUGAAAACUGAGAAACGGGUUUUGGAUCAAGAGGUUCCAAAGGAUUCCCCAAUUACAUUUCAUUUUCUGGCUAAGUUCUUCCCUGAGAAAGUGGAAGAAGAGCUUGUCCAGGAGAUCACACAACAUCUCUUCUUCCUGCAGGUCAAAAAGCAGAUAUUAGAUGAAGAAAUAUUCUGCUCUCCAGAGGCCUCAGUGCUUUUGGCCUCAUAUGCAGUUCAAGCCAAGUAUGGAGACUACGACCCAAACUUCCACAAACCAGGUUUUCUGGCCCAAGAUGAACUUUUGCCUAAAAGAGUUCUGAUGCAGUAUCAGAUGACCGCGGACAUGUGGGAAGAAAAGAUCACAGCUUGGUAUGCAGAGCAUAGAGGAAUUGCCAGGGAUGAAGCUGAAAUGGACUAUUUGAAAAUAGCACAGGACCUAGAGAUGUAUGGAGUCAGUUACUUCUCCAUCACACAAAACAAGAGGGACACCGAUUUGCUGCUGGGAGUCGAUGCACAGGGUCUACACAUAUACAACCCGAACAGUAAACUCAACCCGAACAAGUCCUUUCCAUGGAGUGGGAUCAGAAACAUAUCCUACAGUGAAAAGGAGUUCACAAUAAAACCAUUAGACAAAAAGAAGGAUGUUUUCAAAUUCUAUUCCUCACAACUUCGAGUCAACAAACUGAUACUACAGCUGUGCAUUGGCAACCAUGAUCUUUUCAUGAGGAGAAGGAAGGUGGACUCCAUCGAGGUCCAGCAAAUGAAAGCACAAGCUAAAGAGGAGAAGGCAAGGAAGAAGGUGGAGCGGCAGAUUCUAGCCAGGGAGAAGCAGAUGAGGGAGGAGGCUGAACGGGCGAAGGAGGAGAUGGAGAGACGUCUCUUCCAACUGCAGGAUGAGGCCCGGCUGGCUAACGAGGCAUUGCUUCGCUCAGAGGAGACUGCGGACCUCCUGGCGGAGAAGGCCCAGAUCGCCGAGGAGGAAGCCAAGCUCCUGGCGCACAAGGCCGCUGAGGCAGAGCAGGAGAGGCAGCGGCUGGAGGUCACGGCCAUGAAGACCAAAGAGGAGAAGAGGCUGAUGGAGCAGAAGAUGAGAGAGGCCGAGCAACUAGCUGUUAAGCUGGUGGAGCAGUCCGAGAGAAGGUCAAAGGAAGCAGAUCACCUCAAGCAGGACCUGAGUGAGGCCAAGGAUGCAGAACGCAGAGCCAAACAGAAACUGCUGGAAAUUACAAAAACAACCUAUCCCGUCAUUGCGCCAUACCCCAGUCCCCCUCCGCCUUCGGAUGGAGGAGAUCUCGGUCUCGAGACUGCUUCAGCAAGAGUAGAAUUCAAGGACACGGACAUGAAGAGGCUAUCCAUGGAGAUCGAAAGAGAGAGGCUAGAAUACAUGGAGAAGAGCAAGCACCUGCAGGACCAGCUGAAAGAACUCAAGUCGGAGAUCGAGUCCCUGAAGUUGGAGGAGCAGCAGCAGGCCGGGGUGUUUGCCCACAGAGGGGAGGCCAGAGCCUAUCCAGACCCUCCCUAUAUCCCCCACAGUAAUCGCAAUUCAGCUUACAUGGCUCAAAUGGCCUACUUUGAGGAGGUGUGAUCAGAAUCACAGCGGAGAAGAGGAGUGAACAGCAGUGCAGUUUCUACACUCUGCCUGUAAUUAAUGUGUGUAUGUGGACGAAGCAUUCUCUGCAUUACGCAUUGGACACACUCGGAGGGUUGGAGUUUCUCUUCAGGGAUGCAAUUCGGCGAGCUGCUCUGCAGUUCUGCGCAUUUCUUUUCGAAUGACACUAAUUUGCACACUUGCGAUUGUACACGCAGUUGACGCAUCACGUUUUACUAUAAACACACUUGGUGAUAAUUCAUUUGUCACUCGCAUUUCAAAACACUAUCUUAGAGGGUUUUUCAGUGUCUGGAAGCAGAGGCUGCAGUGCAGUUGUCUCUUGGCUAUUAAAAUGGUUUUGUGAAAAGGGAGCCCUUGCAAGACACUUUUAUACAGCUGUGCAAAUGAUGGAAUUCUGUACUCAGACAGGAUUUGAUUAAAAAAAGAACCAUAUUAAUAUUUCAGGAAAAAAAAAUGGAUUGUGUGGAUAAAAUAAAAAAAAGAAUAUUGGUUGAGAUUUUGUAUCCAGCUUUGUUACACAUUUCUUCCUUAACAACACCAUUUGUAGAGGGGAAUUUUGUAUGAUUACCAGUAUUUUUUUCAAACUGUGGAAUCACUGACUGUGAUUUGCAAAGAAACCGUUGAGGCUUUUAUUCAUUUGCUUUUUCACUGAAGCAAAAGGUGCAGCUGAAGUAUUUGUUUUUAGUGCGUAGUGAAUCUUGCUGUAUUCGUAAAACUGGUUAACCAUCAUGCUCUAUGUAAGAAAUGUUUCCAUUUCUUUGUUGAAUGCUAACUUUGAAAACUUUGCUUGUGAUGUUUUUUAUGCAUUUUUAUAUUUAGUCCUUUCCCCUUUUCUGUGUGCUUUUGGGUUUACUGCAGUAACUAUGCACGUUGGCUGUACCAUUCAUAACACAAGUGCCUUUUACAGUCCAUUGCUGAUAUUUAGCUUCUUAAAGCUUUAUCACAGAAAUCUUGUGCCUUAAAAAAAUGAAUUUGUUUUUGUGAUGUUUAGUUCUGCCCCUAGUGCCUUUUGCUAGAAUCUCAUUGCUUUCAUUGCAUGGCCAUCCUGCUUAUGAAGUAAUUGCAAAAGCAGUUCUGGUUCCCAUCCCCACCACAGUGCAGCCUCUUCAGCCCUGCACAUGCUACUUUGUAGGGGACUCUUGAGAAAGGAUGGUCACUGCUAAUUUGUGUACGUACACUUGGCCAGACAGUGUGGCUCAGACAGAAAAAGCAGAGGACAGCGUAACAUUUCAACGAUGGAAGAUUUGAUCACUGUGCAUCAGCGUAUUCAGGUUUCCCUUGGGGAAACUAGUUCCUCUUUACUCAGGAUUUUCUUGCUGGAGCUUUAGUCUGAGGAUGUAACGCUCUAAAAUAACGCAAUUUCCUUUCAGAAAAUGUUUACACUAAAACGUAUCAAUACAACAAAACACUGAACAUGUAUGCAGUCACAGCCAUGGAAAAGCACUCCUACAUUCAGUUUAAAAGAGCUUUACUUGUCUUAUUCUUAUUCACUUGUCUUACUCCUCAGCAAGGGUAAACAUUCAUGUUUUAAUGAAUGGUCACAACCAAUCCAUGUCUGCAAGUUACUUCCAGUGUUAAUAAACCAGUCAAAAUGGGAAUGGAUGUGCUUCCUUUUUGCAUUUGCCCGAGUAUGAGGGAAGGCUCUUGGCUCCACUGACAUUAUGCUUCAUGUCUUUUGGGAUAAAGUGUAUGCACUGCAGCUUGUAAUUUAACACUCAAAACAAAUAAAUUGUCAAAACAA